AUGCCGGACACACAUGCCCUCGUGAAUGAAUUCGUAAUUAAGCUUAAAAAACGUAAAGUAGAGGGCUCGAAGGCCACGGCGAAGCUUACUGCGGAAUUGCUUCGGUCGGUGAUUUCACAGCAGCGGAUACCUCACACGAAUCAGGCCGUCGCUCUUAUUGAUGCUAUAAAGUCUGUUGGAGAGCAGCUGAUUGCUGCUAAUCCUGUGGAGAGAGACGGAGACAAAGUGACUGCUGCAAAGGUUCAAGGGUUUAUGCGGACUGGUGGAGUAGGAUUGUGGGAGGAGGCGACGGGUGGGAGAGAGAAAGAGAGGGAAGACGGCGACAGUUUUGGUGAGCUUGCUGUUGGUAAUAUUGUGCGGCGUGUUUUACAUAUCAUUAGAGAGGAGGAUCUUUCUCUCACAACAGCUGCUAUUGGUGGGUUGAGUUUGUCUGCUGUAAGUGAUGAUGAAGAUGAUGUUGAGCAAGAUGGUCACCCAGUUUUAUCAGCUGCUGCGGUUGCUGCUGCUGCUAGAAGCACUUUGAGACCACCAUCGUUGCAGACCCUUCUGGAGGAUUUGCCUCACUCUGCAGCUGCUCCUCCUACAUCUUCUUCUGGUGGUGAUUCUGAUGGGAAAAGCAAAUCUGCUGAUAAAAGCUCAAGGAGUCGGAAGCUAAAGCAUAAUGUCAUUGAGGCAGUUAAUGAACUUAUUCAAGACAUUGCCACUUGCCAUGAACAGAUUGCUGAGCAAGCAGUGGAACAUAUUCAUCAGAAUGAGGUAAUACUCACUUUGGGCAGUUCGAUAACAGUAAUAGAAUUUCUUUGUGCCGCAAAGGAGAAAAAGAGAUCAUUCCGUGUGUUUGUUGCGGAGGGUGCUCCAAGAUAUCAGGGGCAUGUUCUAGCAAAAGAAUUGGUUGCAAGAGGACUGCAAACCACAGUAAUUACUGAUUCUGCAGUUUUUGCCAUGAUUUCUCGUGUGAACAUGGUUAUAGUUGGAGCCCAUGCUGUCAUGGCCAAUGGUGGAAUUAUAGCACCUGUUGGGUUGAAUAUGGUUGCACUAGCGGCUCAAAGGCAUGCUGUCCCUUUUGUUGUGCUUGCUGGCAUUCACAAGCUGUGCCCUUUGUAUCCCCACAAUCCGGAGGUUCUAUUGAAUGAGUUGAAAUCCCCGUCUGAACUGCUGGACUUUGGAGAAUUCUCAGAUUGCUUGGAUUUUGGGAGUGGCACUGGCUACCCACUUCUUCAUGUUGUCAACCCAGCUUUUGAUUAUGUGCCACCAAAGCUUGUUAGUCUGUUCAUUACUGACACAGGUGGGCACAAUGCAUCAUACAUGUACCGUCUCAUUGCAGAUUACUACUCUGCUGAUGAUUUUGUGGUGCAAAGGAGACCUUCCUGA